UUUAAAAUAAUUGUGUCAGUUGAAUAAAAAUAAACACUACACAGUGAGCACGCAAUUCCCUAUAAAUUAAACAAAGCGCAAUUAGUAAUUUUUUUUGUCAACAAAACAGUUUUAUAAUUUGUCUUCAACCAGUUAAAUGUCGAUUGCUACUUCAACACCUUUACGUACGCCAACUAAGGACCAAAAUGCCAAUAACAGCAGCUCGAGCAGAGCAGAGGAUUCGAUCAACACAGAUGACAGUCGAAGUUUUCCUUAUCCUGCUUGUUGGAACGAUGAUGUGCGUAUGAAUGUGCUUUUAGCACCAUUUCGAAAUAGAGAAGUAAAUCCUGAAAAUUAUGAUUCGAAAAUGAAAUUUUGGCAAGAUAUGAUAUCACAAUAUUGUGAGCACGAAGGCAGUGGAUGCUUUUGCAAACGAGAUCUUCAGCUAACAUUUGCGCGUGGUGAUCGAAUACCUUACGGCUUGGAUACAGUACUCUCAGAGAUGUUGUACACCAAGAAAAUACGUACCCGUGCUGAUUUCGAAUAUGACCCUGAAAAUACAUGGAGCGGUUGGGCGGUGAAUAGUUUUGUAAAGCGCCCCAUAUCAUGGGGUUGGCAAACACUGAAGAGCAAAAUAGGCAUACAAGUAGAAAGGGAUAGAGGUUUACUGGAAUAUGUACACUUGGAGGUGAUGAAGAAAUUUUGCAAACAAAUACAGCAAAGCUUGCUACAACAACACCAAGGUGAAUUACUGCAUUAUGAGAGUUUUAAAAAACUUGCGGAUGCUGCUUUGACGCUAAAAGAAGAUUGCUUACUUUUAUGUCUGCAUGUGUUGCACUGUCAACGGAAAGUUGGCUUAGAAUUCAAAGUAGAAGAUCAAGAGCAGCAAAUACAUUUAAUUAAAAUACCUGCGAAAAAUGAUGCAAACAUUGCCAUUACCGAGACUGAUCGUGCCGUGCACAAUUUGAAAAUGACUCAAGUCAGUUUGUUGAAACAAUUAGAAAACUUAGAGGAGGACAUGAGGGAGAAUGAGGAAAAAGCACGUCAAUAUGUAAAAGAAAAUAAACGCCAACUGGCCAAAACAUAUUUGCGUAAAAAACAUUUGAUGGAAAAAAAUCAUGAAAAGCGUAGCAUUGCACUUCACAACAUUGAAUCCCUCAUAACUAGCGUAGAUGAGGCACAAAGUCAUGGACAAAUACUCGACGCUUACAAGAUUGGCUCGAAAGCUUUACAAAAAGCGCUCAACGACUCUGGCCUCAAAUAUGACAAUGUCGAUGAGGUUAUUGCCGAAGUUCGUGAUACAAUGGAAACACAUCAAGAGUUGCAAGAUACACUGGCUAAUGCUGGUUUGUCGGACAUUGCCACUGGUGGGGCUGAUCUUAAUGACAAUGAUGCAUUGGAACGUGAACUACAACAAAUACUUGGCCAAACUGGUCAAACGCCUGUUCGUCCAACGCAAACAAAUGCAAAUGAUAAUGGAAAAGCAUCCACAAUUUCAAUUAACCGGGGUACUACUUCGAAAAUAACUGAUCAAGAACUUUUAGCUAUGCUCGAAGGACUUGAGGUGGAAGAUAAUUCGCCGAGAAAAAGUGAGGCGAGCGUGCGCACAGUUGUCAAUGAAUAAUGGACUUGCGAAAUGCCAGUUUUUUAAUGAUAUUAAUUUUCUAGUUAAUUUACAUAGUCAGAAUUCAAUUAAUUUAUCUAUUUAAUUGUUUUUAAAUUAGGGUGAAUGUUUUCAAAUCAGAAUUUUGUUCAAAAUACAUAUAUAUAUAUUUGUAGAAAUGAGACUGAUUGUGUAAAGAUUAAUUUCACGUUUAUUAUUCAUACAUUGAUACUCGAAAGUAACACAAAAAACUGUUAUUAAAAAA